AUGAGUGAAACAGAGCCAUUGCUGGCCCAGCAGCUUGCACAAAAAGACUCGGUGCUCAAUGAAGGCGCGAAGCUGGCGGGCACGCCCGCAUCGCUUGGAUCCUCCAACACUUAUUCCAAUGAGAACAAUGAAUCCGGCGAUGUUGAACCGGUCGUACAAAAAGACGAUGCUCUGAGUCCCGGUAGGGCCAAACUCAUGGUCUCUACGCUCUUUGUAGGUAGUUUCCUCGCGGCGCUCGAUAUGACAGUGGUCUCCACGCUGCUUCCAAGCAUCGCAUCGGACCUGUCGGCGAGUUCCCAGAUGUCGUGGAUAGCGACGUCUUACCUGCUCUCUUGCAGUUCUUUCCAGCCAAUGUACGGCAAGCUAUCCGAUGUGCUGGGCCGUCGUGAGCUCUUGGUUGCCUGUAACCUCAUCUUCGCUCUUGGCUGUUUCCUAUGUGGCUCUAGCUUUUCCCACGACAUCUGGACCCUCUCUAUCGCGCGUUUCGUGGCCGGAAUCGGAGGCGGCGGCUUGGCCACUCUUAUGACCAUCGCGGUCAGUGACAUAAUUCCCAUGAGACAGCGAGGUCUUUACCAGGGUAUUGGAAACAUUUUUUACUCCGUGGGUUGUGCAUCAGGCUCCAUUCUUGGCGCUGCUUUGCAGAGAACCGUUGGCUGGCGCUGGGCCUUUUUGGUGCAAGUACCUGUUGCUCUCAUUAGCGCAUUUCUCGUUUAUCGUGUCUUUAGACUCCCAGAUCAUUCUCCUGGCCGUGGAGUUGUAUGGCUCGAACUCAAGCAAAAGGGAUCCUUUCAGUGGUCGCGAAUUCCGCAAAUGAUUGAUUUUGUUGGUUGCGCCUCUUUAGUAACUACCAUGCUUAUACUGAUGGUUGCCAUAACAUUCCUCAAUGAUCCCUCGAGCCUUGGAAUCACCAAAUGGGCCGCUCUACUAGUGGUUUUAGUCCUCGCCGCUGCCAUUUUCAUUCGCACCGAACUCCAAGUUGAUAAUCCCGUUGUUCCCUUGCAUCUUUUGUUGCGCAACAGAACUGUGUUGUCUUCUUCGUUUACAAACUGGUUCUGUACAAUGGCCACCUUCGCUGUCAUGUACUAUAUGCCUGUCUUUUGGCAAAGUGUUUACGGACUAACUCCAUGGCAAGUGGGCCUACGCUCCAUUUCUAACUUCAUUGGUAUUUCUAUCGGUUCUAUGGCAACUGGUAUCUAUAUGAAAAGAACGGGCAAGUAUCGUACUUUUUCUUUGAUAUUUUACGUUCUGUUUGUGUUUGGAAUGUUCACUCUUCUACUUUCAACCUUUGCGCGUGAACCUUCAGGCUAUGUGGACUACAUCAUUAUGUUCCUACCAGGUCUAGGUUACGCCACCAUGCUUACUGUUACGUUGUUAGCCCUGAUUGCAAGUGUCGAUUUUGUAUAUCAGGCGCAAGUCACUUCAAUACAAUACGCAUUCAGAGCCACAGGCUCAACUUUUGGUGUAGCAUUAGCGGGGCUACUCUAUCAAGCUGGUCUUGAAUACAAACUCAGCAAGACCGUUUUGAAGAACCAAGAACUUCUUUCUAAAUACGGCGUUAAACAAUUGAAGAAAUGGUGCCAAGAGAUUAUCAAGGAUAAUCUAUUCGAUACGUCUUUUGAUGAGACACUAAGAACUACUACUACUGGAUCAUUUAUGUUCGGUAGUCAAGCUGCCAUUGGGUUUGCCUUAAUCGCGGCAACUUUGGGCCUUUUUGCUAGUCUCUUCACAAGAGAGCAUGUCCUGCACACAUCGGUUCCACGGAAUUGA